UGUCAUUUGUCAACCAUUGCAAAAUAGCGCGUUCAAGAGCUUAGACUUUAGAAGUACCUGAACAAACUUCAAUGUUAUUAUCACAUGAUAGGUUAUAAAGCGUCUAAACAUACACCCUAUUUCUCUCAUUUUGACUAAUUAUUUUAUUACUAAAAUAAGCGGUUGCAUUUUGUAGCAGCUAGGAUAGUUUAGAUUUUCACUUUGACAAAAUGCCGACAUGGAAUCAAAUACAAACACAACUCAGAAAUCCAAAUAAUCCAGUUGUAUUCUUUGAUAUUACAGUCGGCACAACUGAAAUUGGUCGCAUGAUAUUUGAACUUUUUGCUGAUGUUGUACCAAAGACAAGUGAAAACUUCAGAGAAUUCUGCACAGGUGAAUACAGAAGAGAUGGUGUUCCACUUGGUUUCAAAGGCGCAACUUUUCAUAGAGUAAUAAAAGACUUUAUGAUACAAGGGGGAGAUUUUGUAAAUGGUGAUGGCACAGGUGUGAUGAGUAUUUACGGAGGUAGUACAUUUGCUGAUGAGAACUUUGUAGUAAAGCACGAUUCCCCAGGAUUAUUAUCAAUGGCAAAUAGUGGCAAGGACACAAAUGGCUGUCAGUUUUUCAUAACUUGCGCCAAGUGUAAUUUCUUAGACAAUAAGCAUGUUGUGUUCGGAAGAGUUAUAGAUGGUUUAUUAGUUAUGAGAAAAAUUGAAAAUGUACCGACAGGACCGAACAACAAACCCAAAAUACCAGUAACAAUAUCACAGUGUGGACAAAUGUAAUAAAUAUUUAAAGACAUGGUGUUUUAAUAACAAA